AUGUCGUCCUGGUUGGGGGCGAGGGGCGAUGUGGGGAGGCAAAGAAAGCUGAUGGAAUGGUUAGGCUGUGCAGGUGGCUUUUUGCCUGCUAUGAAACAGAUUGGGAAUGUGGCUGCGUUACCUGGCAUUGUUCAUAGAUCAAUAGGCCUUCCAGAUGUCCAUUCUGGAUAUGGGUUUGCCAUUGGCAACAUGGCUGCCUUUGAUAUGAAUGAUCCUGAAGCAGUGGUUUCACCAGGUGGUGUCGGAUUUGACAUCAACUGUGGUGUCCGCUUACUUCGUACAAAUUUGGAUGAAAGUGAUGUGCAGCCUGUGAAGGAGCAGCUCGCCCAGGCUAUGUUUGACCACAUUCCUGUUGGUGUCGGCUCCAAGGGUGUUAUCCCCAUGAAUGCCAAGGAUUUGGAAGAGGCACUGGAGAUGGGUGUGGAUUGGUCUCUCCGGGAAGGCUAUGCCUGGGCAGAGGACAAGGAGCACUGUGAGGAAUAUGGAAGAAUGCUGCAGGCUGACCCCAACAAGGUCUCCUCAAGAGCGAAGAAGAGAGGUCUGCCUCAGCUGGGGACCCUGGGAGCUGGAAAUCAUUACGCCGAGAUCCAGGUUGUGGACGACAUUUACAACGAAUACGCUGCCAGGAAGAUGGGCAUCGACCACAAAGGGCAGGUCUGCGUGAUGAUCCACAGUGGCAGCAGAGGCCUGGGCCACCAGGUUGCCACAGAUGCCUUGGUGGCUAUGGAAAAAGCUAUGAAACGGGACAAAAUCAUAGUGAAUGAUCGCCAGCUGGCGUGUGCCAGGAUUUCCUCUGCAGAGGGACAGGAUUCUAUGACUUUUCUAACAAGACAGGCCUUUGCCAAAGUCUUCAACACAACCCCAGAUGACCUUGAUAUGCAUGUUAUCUAUGAUGUGUCUCACAACAUUGCCAAAGUGGAGCAACAUGUAGUGGACGGAAAGGAGCGGACUCUGCUCGUGCACAGAAAGGGAUCAACCAGGGCCUUCCCCCCUCACCACCCUCUUAUCGCUGUUGAUUAUCAACUGACUGGACAGCCUGUUUUGAUCGGCGGGACUAUGGGCACCUGUAGCUACGUUCUUACUGGCACAGAGCAAGGCAUGACGGAGACCUUUGGAACUACUUGCCAUGGAGCCGGUCGUGCACUGUCUCGAGCCAAAUCUCGACGUAACUUGGACUUCCAGGAUGUAUUGGACAAGCUGGCUGACAUGGGCAUUGCCAUCCGUGUUGCUUCUCCCAAGCUGGUCAUGGAAGAAGCACCAGAGUCUUAUAAGAACGUGACAGAUGUCGUUAACACCUGCCACGCAGCUGGCAUCAGCAAGAAAGCCAUUAAACUGAGACCUAUUGCUGUUAUAAAAGGCUAGGAACUGACAAGGGCAGUAGAAACGCACGAACAUCUCCAGGCCUUACACAAAACUGACUAGAACCAUCAUCUUCCCACACCUCUUGGACUCUGUAGGAUGCUCAGAUAUUGGAUCCCUGUUCUGGAAACACAGCAGUUGAGGACACCCCUGUUUUUAACCACUCCUGGGCAUAAUUAAUGCCCCCGCUUUCCUCCUUGUUAUAUGGUGUUCUUUCCUU